AUGUUGGAGCGUGAAAACGUCGUAAAUACGUUUUUAAUCAUUAAAUUCGGUAUUUCGCACCUGUUUAUCGUUAUAAUAUCCUCGGAAAACGAACCAAAUGGAAAUGAAAUCCGCCUUUUUUGCGACAAUUUGCUUUUUAUGGCUCAUUUGACAAUUACAAUUGGACAGCUCAUAUCACUGAUCACAGUGUUGAUGGACAUUUAUGGCCAACGUCUUUUACAAAAAUAUUCAAUGUUGAGUCUUAGUAAUUUUUUUUUGUUUAAAUUUAAUGAGAUGGCGUUACGUUUAUUUUUGGAAGUAAAUCUGGCACAUUUAAUUGGACAAUGCAUGGAUUGGAUUCAAAGUGGUAACGUAAUUUUGAUAUGGAAAGUGAAAGUGUUGGCGAUUUGA